CUCAUGGUUAGAACUAAUCCUUGAGAUCAACGAAUUAUUCUUCAGAUAGAUUUCAUUUCUGUGUGGAUCGCGGCUCUAGGCAAGGUAACCCAUCUUCUGUCCGUAUCUCUCACUAGGACUAGCUGCUCUUCUGCAAUGGCACUCAAUCUUCGUCAGAAGCAAACUGGUAAUUCACUUUAAUUUUAUCCGCCCCCUUCUAGAUCUCUUUCAAUGUCGAUGUCUAAAUUCGGUGCUGAAUCUGACUGAGCAUUGUGUUUCUUAUGGGAUGGUAGAGUGCAUAACGAGGGUGUUGAAUCUAAAUCAGCCGGUUAGUGCUAGCGGGACGGCGAACGAGGAGGUGUAUAAGAUCCUCAUCUUCGACCGCUUUUGUCAGGACAUAUUGUCGCCGCUCAUCCACGUGAAGGACCUCCGCAAGCAUGGCGUCACCCUCUACUUCCUCAUCGACAAGGAUCGCAAACCCGUCCAUGACGUUCCUGCUGUCUACUUUGUCCAGCCUACUCACUCCAAUGUCCAACGCAUCGUCGCCGACGCCUCCAAGUCUCUCUAUGACUCCUUCCAUCUCAAUUUCUCUUCCUCCAUUCCUAGGCCCCUACUGGAGGAUCUCGCCUCAGGAACUAUUAGUUCAGAUUCGAUUCAGAGGAUAACAAAGGUGCAUGAUCAGUACUUGGAGUUUGUGAUCCUUGAAGACAAUUUGUUUUCACUCGCCAACAAGAAUUGCUAUGUUCAGUUGAAUGACCCCUCAGCCAGUGAUAAAGAAAUAGAGGAGAUCAUUGAAAAGAUUGUGAGUGGGCUGUUCUGCGUUUUAGCUACACUUGCUGUGGUACCAAUCAUCAGGUGCCCCCGUGGUGGGCCUGCUGAGAUGGUGGCCUCCUUGUUGGACCAGAGACUGCGGGACCACUUAUUGGUGAAAAACAACCUUUUUUCAGAAGGCGGGAAUUUUUCCAGCUCUUUCCAGAGACCUGUUUUGUGUUUGUUUGAUAGGAAUUUUGAGUUGUCUGUUGCUAUUCAGCAUGACUUUAGGUACAGACCCCUCGUUCAUGAUGUUCUUGGGCUGAGAUUGAAUAGGGUGACUGUGCAAGGGGAGAAGGGUGGGGGGAUGAAGUCCUUUGAGCUUGACAGAUCUGAUCCUUUCUGGAUGGAAAAUGGGUCCCUAAUAUUCCCAGAUGUGGCUUUGGAGAUUGAGAACCAGUUGAGCAAGUAUAAAAAGGACGUUGAGGCGGUGAACAGGCGAACGGGAGGGAAUGAGGCUGAGUUUGAUGGGACGGAUUUGAUUGGAAACACAAAGCAUUUGAUGAAUGCUGUUAAUUCACUGCCUGAGCUGACCGAAAGAAAGCAAGUGAUAGACAAGCACACUAAUAUUGCGACCAUGCUUUUGAAUGAAAUCAAGGAGAGGUCCCUAGACACAUACACAAAAAAAGAGGAUGAUAUGAUGGUGAGAGGCGGGGGAGUUGACCGCAAUGAGAUCCUUGGGGUGCUAAAAGGGAAAGGGACAAAACUGGAUAAGCUCCGGUUUGCCAUCAUCUACAUCAUCUCAAGUGAGAACAUCCCUCAUUCAGAGAUUGAAAUGAUUGAAGCCACACUAAGAGAGUGCGAGGUCGAUACCAGCGCGUUCCAGUACGUGAAAAAAAUAAAAUCAUUAAAUGUUUCUUUAGCUUCUGCAAAUUCAGCAGCCAGCAGAAACAACAUUGUUGACUGGGCAGAAAAGCUGUACGGGCAGUCAAUCAGUGCUGUGACCGCUGGUGUGAAAAACCUCUUAGCUGGUGAUCACCAGCUAGCUUUGUCCAGAAUUGUGGAAGCCCUGAUGGAGGGGGGGAAGCCAAACCCUGAAACUGAUCCUUAUCUUAUAUUUGAUCCCCGUGCACCUUCAGGUGGCAGUGGGGUUGAGGGACAUCUGAAAGGAGGGGGGCCGUUCAAGGAAGCCAUAGUUUUUAUGAUUGGAGGUGGGAACUACGUGGAGUAUGGCAGCUUGCAGGGUCUUGCACGCCGGCAACGACAGCAGCAACAGCAGCCAGUCAAGCAUAUAAUAUACGGCACCACAGAGAUUCUUACAGGAGGUGAGUUCGUGGAGCAGCUUGCUUUGCUGGGUAAGAAGAUGGGAUUAGGAGGAAGCAGUAGUGUACCCGCUCCGGUCCAUUAAUGUACAUGUAUGGUAAGUGUGUAUGUCUUGCAUUGCAUUUAUAAACCACCUGUGGAAACAUUGUACUCAAUUUGUAGAGAGAGAACAAAGAGAGGAUAUUAAAUGAUAUCUAUGUCAUAUAUUUAAGAGAAAGGGGUCAAAUAAAGCCUUCUACUAUUAUGAAAUCAUCACACAAGGCCAUGUACUCAAUAAAGUGUCAUAUAAAUACGUCUACUUAUAAAAAACAAUCGAAUGAGUCCUAAUGACCCGUUGACAACCUCUUAAUCCUGAUUUUAGCCUACGUGUCAAAUUUUUUUACUUGUAUUUCAACUAAUCUUAGAUAAUAUUCGACGUGUGCUGUAUAAUCUAUUAUAAAUAGAUGGUUUCAAGAACACUAAAAUCGGGAUUAGGGGGUUGUAAAUAGGUCGUUAGGACUUGUUUGAUUGUUUUUUACUAGUAGACGCACUUAUAUGACACUUUAUUGAGUGCAUGGCCUUAUGUGACGAUUUCAUAAUAGUAGAAGACCUUAUUUGACCCUUUUCUCUAUAUUUAAUAAUAUAGUCUUAUUCCAAGUGUAGUGAACAUUCAGUGUACCAUUACUUAUUUUACCUUUUAACGUAGAUAACAAAAAAUCAAGCUUCAUAUCA